CACAUCUGUCUCCAGUGAUAGUUGUGUGGAGAUCCGUCUUUCGCCCCCUGCAGGAACACAGCGGAGCUCCGACCGUCUGGUUAUCAGUCGGCAGCAGCUGAUCGGAGCAGGCGCUGUGAACCGCUGCAGUUCAUCAACGAUGGGCACGAAACAGACUCCGCUAUUCAUUUGCUUUUGGAUAACUUUGUCAUUCUGUGUCACGGAAAAAGUCAAAGAAAGGACCGCCCGGCAAAGAGACGCGGAGUUUACUGACAAGUACCAGACGUGCAUGCAGGGUGUACCUGGAGCGCAGGGCAGGGAUGGGAACCCGGGGAUAAAUGGCAUUCCAGGCACACCAGGAAUCCCUGGGAGAGACGGAUUUAAGGGCGAGAAGGGAGCGUGUGUGACUGAGAGGUUUGAGGAUCCCUGGAAACCCAACUUCAAACAGUGCGCCUGGAAUUCUUUAAACUACGGCAUUGAUCUGGGCAAAAUAGCCGAGUGCACGUUCACCAAGCAGCGUUCGGACAGCGCUCUGCGUGUGCUCUUCAGUGGUUCUCUCAGGCUCAAGUGUAAGACGGCCUGCUGUCAGCGCUGGUACUUCACCUUUAAUGGGGCAGAAUGUACCGGACCGCUACCCAUAGAGUCCAUUAUUUACCUGGACCAGGGCAGCCCCGAACUCAACUCCACCAUUAACAUACACAGGACUUCCACAGUGGAGGGGCUCUGUGAUGGGAUCCAGGCCGGUCUGGUGGAUGUUGGGAUAUGGGUGGGCACAUGUGCAGAUUAUCCUCGCGGAGACGCAUCGACAGGAUGGAACUCUGUAACCCGGGUGAUCAUCGAAGAACUUCCAAAAUAAGCAUUUCAUCUUCAGAACUGAUCACUGUCAUCAUCACCAUGCCAAUAGAAGACAUCGUGUUCAGAAAGGACCUUCCUCAUAGAAAUGGGACAAAUUAAAUCUAAUGGAGUUGCUUUGAGUGUGUGCAGCUCUCAUGUUGUGUAAGAUUAUUAUUCUCCGGCUCAGUUUUGUGAAAGUUAAGAGGGAUUCCGUUUGCUCAAUUUAGAUAGUACAGACAAUUACAAAAUAGAAGUACCAUGAUAGUACUGUGGUUCUUUGGACACUACCAUAAUGAAAGUACCUUGUACAAUGUAAAUAUCAUGGUAAAUAUGGUGUUAUUAUAUGAGGUCAUCACUGUACUAUGCUACUGCCAUUUUAAGGAGAGUCCAACAAAGAUGAUCCUUGCUUGCUGAUAUUUAUUUAGUGGCUCUUCCUUUUGUGCCUGGAUGACUAGAACUCAGCAUAUUUUUGUAUCCAUUGUGUUUUUAUUACCUAACACUAUGAAGAAAAGUCAGGUCAUGUUUCAC